UUCUGAUGUACUAGUGCCCGAAGUUCAUUCACGGAUUCACGAAGUGAGACAACUUCUUGAACCGUCUUUCUCAAAACUGACGAAAUUGUUGUCAGUGAAGCAAUCCCGCCCAUUAGCGUUUCGGUAGCUUUUGAAAAAGCAUCAGACCCCUGAGACGCUAGGGCUUUAUUAUCGUCGGAUUGCUGUCGCAAUUGUCGAAUCUCGUCCCUCAUCUCGCACAAGACACGCAACAGGUCGUCUCCUACGAGCUGUUUGGAAAGAGAUCCUUCGUUAUCGGAAGGAUUGGAUCCCUGUGGAAUUGCAGGUACGUCUGUACUCAGCAAAUCUCCCAAAAUUUCUCCAUCCUCCCCUUCUUGGUUGUCGGGAGGAAGUGCUGCCUGUUCGUCGCUGAAAUGACUGGCAUAAACUGCUAGAACUUCCUCCAGCAACCCCGAAAUUUCCUGGUUGACCUCCCCUGCCGCAUAAUUUCGGAUAACCUGGAGCCUAGACCCCAAAUGAAGCAACCGUGUUCGGUAAAUCUCCUUGUUUGGGCACCGGUACUGGAGAUCUUCCUUGAUUGUUAGUAAUUUACCAAGGCAGAUCUCCUUUUCUUCACCCACGUCACCCCGGAAAUUGCGAACUAAUUCCCUCCGAGACGACCGCUCAUGCGACAAAAUUCCCCGAAGACGCCGCUGCCGCUGUACACCCGAAAGAUCCGAAUCAGGAGAGAUAAAAAUGCUUCGAGAUAGCAACUCAAAAUCCAGCUCAUCGAAAUGUAAAUGAUCGACGCGCAUGAACACACACGCUUGGUUGAAUUUCUCCAACGCCAUCAUAACUUGCGCUAUAUUGGAAGAAAUCACCAAGACACAAAGCAUACCACGCAAUCAGGAUUUUGCAUAACUUUGGAGUUUUAAUUGACUCCGGCUGACGACAUUCCCAUCCCCAAGCACAAGUUGUUGUUUCCCAUCCUCAACGGUUUCUAUUGGAAAAAAAACUAGUAGCAGCGGCACACGAAGAAAAAAGUUUCUAAGUCAUCAAUUUGGAAAGUGAAAAGAAAGAAUAAUAAGGCUCGAGUGAUGGCAACACCCGGUGCAAAGAUUCGAAGCGCAUUGAGCCUUCUGCCGACGGUCAUCUUAUUUUGCAGUUUGUUCGGGAACAGUGUUCAAAGUUGCCUUAAUGGAGGAAUCCUGCUGAAGUCCGGUCUGGAACCGUCCGAUAAGUAUGAUAUACUAGAGGAGCACAACAAAUUACGACAGGCUGUGGCACAAGGGCUCAUACCUGGACAGCCGGGUGCAGAAAAUAUGCUGGAAAUGCAAUGGGACGACGAGCUGGCGGCCAAGGCACAAGAAUGGUCGGAACAGUGCAUGUUCAAGCACGAUCCGAAAAAGCGAUUAGGGCGUUUUACGAUGGGACAAAAUUUGGCCCUCAUCUCGAGCAGUGGUUCAUUGGAUGACGAUCGGGAUAGCGAUUUUUCCGGGCGAAUACGAAGAUGGUUUGACGAGGUCAAAAAAUACUCCUUCGGAGCUCGAUUUUCUCUGGCCACUGGACACUACAUGCAGCUUGUGUGGGCUGAAACCUUCCUAGUUGGAUGUGGUUUUUCAUACUACUACUCUGGAAACAAGUAUAAUAAAUUGUACGUCUGCAACUAUGGACCUGCUGGCAACGUACAAGGUCAACAGCCAUACAUCAUCGGCCACCCGGCGUGUGACCAUCACGGAUUGCAAAAGUCCCACACCUAUCCUAGCCUAUGUCUGCCAGGAGGAAGAGAUCUGUUUCAUCACGAUAAUACGAUCCCACAGAAUUAUUAUUCUUAUCAGACCUCAUCUAAUAAUCAUGAGAAUCAGCACUACACCUCAGCCUCCACUCCGAUGGCAGUGUUCACAACAAUCGCCGGUGGCUUGAGCCAUCAAUCGCAUGACAAUCAUAUCCUGUACAAUCUUGUAUUUGACCAACACAAACAACAGCAGCACUUCCAGACAGGUCCUUCGAUAUCGCAUCAGCAAACAUAUCCUCAUCACAUACCGAAUCCAUUGGCACCCAUAACAACGGCGGCCGCCACAGCUCUACUUAAACCAGCCAGCAUCCUCAAAUCGCCUUUCCUAACGUAUCGAUGGGAUUUGCUGUUCAAUUUCCUGCACUGAAAUUUAAGAUUACGUUACAAGUAGAGUCUGGCCGAGAGCUUUCCCCACUGAGAAUUCUGUGUCGUCUUUUGCUUCAUAGCUGAUGCUUCUGGAUGCAGCAAAUUCUAUCGGACUUUGGAACGCACAAUAACGCUUCAAAUACUUGGCAAGGGAAAAGUUGUAACCAACUUCCUGCAACAAAAUGGCUCAGUUAGUGAGCUUAUGCAGACGGCAGAACGACAUACAAAUAGCAACAAUCCGAUUCGAAGCCACUCACAUGAUCCGAAAGUCCGGUAAAGCUUGAUUUGUUCCAAUGAGACCAGCUAGUGCAGUACGAUAUAAUAAUAUCCUCUUUCAUCCGUCCAAUUCGCUCGACUAUAAUGGUUACCGGAGGCGAAGCUGAGCAAAAGAUCAACAAAGAAGGAACAAAAUACUGUCAAGUGCUAAACCUCAUACUUAUUGCAGUGUUGCGGCGGCAAGCAGUGACAAAGGAUUACACCCAUACUCCCGAACAGCUGGAUGAUCCAAACUUCUUCCUAACCACUCGCCUAGUCCUGCCAACUAGUCCGGAUGACACUUACCUCGGAAAUGGCUUAUUUUCUUCAUAAGCUGAGGAAAAAUAGUGGAAAUAAUAAUUAGACCGCAAGCCUUAAAACGUUACCCUGCUACUACAUUUGGUUUUCCACAGCGAAAGUAAGAACUAAAAUGGUGCGAGAGUGGAUAUAAUUUCGUCGUCUUUAACCUUCAGCUACGGGCGAGCAAGAGCUUAGUCACGACUGCACCACACAGUGAUGGUUUUCUUUGAAGUGUGGUCCCAGAUGAAGAGACAUGUCUGCCAGUAAACGAUCAUUAUUUAUUUCAGUAUUUUAAAGAACUAUAGAAUAAUGUAGUGUUGAAUUUUAACAGCGUACAUAAUUGAUAAGACAAUUUAUUCGAUGUGAACUUUAUUAAUAAAUCCACUCGGAG